CCGCGCACGCUUUUCCCCCUUCAACGAGCAUUGCGCAAGCUGUAGACUUCUCGAGUGAUUCCGUGCGUGACAGAGCUUUUGAGCACAGCUCCCUGGCUAUCCCGCCAUGGCCUACACCGAUGACGCCGUCAAGGCCAAGCUCUCGGCCCUCAAUGAGACGCAGGAGGGCAUCGUCACCGUCGCCCAGUGGAUCAUGUUCCAUAGGCGUCAUGCCGAACGGACCAGCCAGCUUUGGCUGCAGCGCUUGAAGGACUCGACUCCCAACAAGCGCCUGAGCUUGAUCUAUCUGGCCAACGAGGUCGUCCAGCAGUCCAAAGCUCGAAGAAAGACCGAGUUCGUCGUCGCAUACUCUACUAUCAUCGUCGAAGCAACCUCCCUAGCGUACAAGGGCGCGACCCACGAUGUCCAGCAAAAAAUCCGGCGCGUUAUUGAAGUCUGGCGACAGCGCGGCAUCUUCGAAGUCCCCAUACAGGACCAGGUGGAGAAGAGCUUGGAUGAGCUCGACAAGAAUGGCAGCGCGGGCAAGAAGCCGCGCCUGGGUGGCUCGCUCUUCAGCUCCGGCCCAGCUACGCCUCUCGAACUUCAGCCUCUCGUCCCUCUCGCGACUGCUCUCUCAAAAGCCGAUUCAACAACCAAGCCGACCAUGGCAUCCGCCUAUGCUGAGUACGACAAGCUGAUCGACCCGGGCAUGCCGACCCCGACCCCACCCGUCCACGCCGCACGCCUGUCCGCGGUUCUGAAGUCGCUCGCGUCCGCCGAGGGUGCUGUCGCGGAAUCCAUCAAGGCGAGGAAAGAAUUGAUCCAGGGUCUGGAGAAGAUGCUCGACGCCAACAAGGUGGCGCUGGCAAACGACCAGAACGCGCACACCGAGCUCGACACCCGCCGCCAGGGCAUCGAAGCCAAGAAGCGCGAGGUCGAGGACAACAUCAUGCGCGGCCUAUCGGCGGAGCCCCCGCCCGCGGGCGCGCAGCCCAACCCCCCAGCGACCAAUGAUCCGCGCCUCUCAGCGGACCCGCGCCGCGCCGGCCGCACCAUGAGCGCCGACGGCGAGCCCGCCGCGCCCGACGUCGAGGCCCUGACGCCCCCGCCCGUCGAGUCGCUCACGCCCGUCGGCUCGCCGCGCCCCGUUGCGGCGACGACGACGACCGGCGCCGACACGAUGACGGAGCAGCCACCCAGCCACACGGAGCCCCUCCCCGCAAACGUGUUCGACCUCGCGCGCAUGGUGCCGCAGGCGCGCAGCCACGAGAACGACGACAUCUCGGGCGCGUUUGAAGGCCAGCAGCACGGCCAGGGCGCAGCUAAGCGCCGGAAGGUCGACGGUGAGUUUACGGAUUUCACCGACGGCGACCAGUUCGAGGGCAUUGAUGCCGAUGUGGCGGCCAUGUUGGGACGUGAGUAGGCGUGGUAUCAUCCAUCGCUGGCGGGCAGACUCGAUACGUUGACUUGUGUUUUUUUUAGUGAUUGUGGAGCGGCGUUGAUGGAGUCACGUCGUUGGUAUGCGUUGGUCGGGAUGGGUUGGGCAUUAUUUUGCUCGUAUGUGUGCACGCGCGCACGCGCUCGGGUGGCCCAAUAUCUUAGGUGGGAAUGAUGUGGACUGGCUGGCAGACAGGCAGGCAGGCAAGCAGGCGGGCGAGCGAGCUCGCCAUUACAUUACAGGAGAGAUUGGAGGGAGGGCGGAGCAAUCAGACUGCCCAGGGGUCUACAUACGCCACCAUCCAUCGUACGUAUGGUAUCCGAAGGACGACGACUGUUAGAGAUGGAGAAAACAGCCUCUCGUGCCCUGAAUGGCUUGUCUUGGUGCGCGAGUGGUGGAGGG